AUGGCUGUUCUUGGAUUAGGCCUAAUAGAAGUAUCCUACGGAAGUAACAUCUUAAUUUUUAGUGGAUAUGGCGAAGGAAGUCAUUUCAUGACUGCAGCUCUAGUUGGAAAAGAGCUGAUACGUCGGGGUCAUAAUGUAACAGUGCUGAUUAGCAAUGCAUACGAGCACAGGGCAAACGAAACCAAAUACAAGGAUUUACGCUUUGAAAUCUUCAAGCACAAUGAUCCUCCAGAAGUUGUUCGGAAUCGUCAAGAGCAUUUUGCAAAGUCGGUAUUCGAGGGAACCGCCAUGACAGAAUUUUUCAUGAACAUGUCGAUCGUAUUGGACUGGUUCGUCGAUGAUUGCCACGCAUUGUUUAAUGACGAACCCCUUCUAAAAAGACUUCGUCAAGCAAACUUCGACCUGGCUUUCGUUGAUCCUGUAUGGACGUGUUCGUUGCUUGUUGCGGAAUACGCUGCCAAGAGACAUGUUUCCUUCAUGGCUACCACAUGGAUGAACUUCAUUCCCCGCGUGACUGGAAACCCUUCAAACACUGCCUUCGUGCCAGAGUGGAGCACCGGUUUCACAAAUAAGAUGACAUUUGCUCAGAGGGUUAUUAACAGUGUCGCCCUCGCGUUUUCGGUGUGGAUGACUUCUUCCACUGAUUCCACCUCCAUUAUCCAACAAACCCACAGGAUUUGUCCGGAUCUUCAGCUCUAUCAGCUCUACCAAAGGUCUCAUCUUCUCCUGGUUAAUGUUGAUUUCGCCAUGGAGUAUCCAAUCCCAGUCAUGCCUCAUGUGAUACCAGUUGGUGGUCUGUCUGCGGAACCAGCAAAUAAUCUUAGUCUGAAGAAAUUAGUGAAGAAUGCUGGAGAUGUCUGA